AUGAAGCUCAUUCUUCUGGUUUUGGCUGUUACCCUGCCACUGGUGCAGGUCACCAAAGUCAAGAAGUGUUGGGGUACAUUGGGAACAUGCAGAAUCACGUGUAAAGACAGCGAAGUAUUCUACGUAUUAUGCAAUGCUGAGUCUAAGUGCUGUGUGGAUCCGAAGUAUGUACCUGUCGACACUAAGCCCUCAAACUCAACUGGAAGCCAGAGAUGA